AUGAGCUGCAAGCUGCUGCGGCGGCCCUACCGUGCAUUUUCCUUGCAUCAGGGCCUGAGAGUCCCGUUGAAUCCACGGGCCAUUAGUACGAGGGGAUUCGCCUCUCUGUCGCCAGAUCCCAAUGCGAAUCCAUACGAUGUAAUUGUCAUCGGCGGAGGCCAUGCAGGAUCGGAAGCAUGCGCAGCUGCUGCGAGGUCUGGUGCGCGCACUGCCCUGAUUACACCGAAGCUGGACAACAUAGGCGUAUGUUCAUGUAAUCCGAGUUUCGGUGGGAUUGGGAAGGGUACUAUGAUAAGAGAGAUUGAUGCUCUGGAUGGCGUGGCAGGGAGAGUUAUUGAUAAGGCUGCUGUGCAAUUCAGAGUGCUGAAUCGGAAAAAGGGCCCAGCUGUUUGGGGCCCGCGAGCACAAAUCGACCGAGACUUAUACAAAAAACACAUGCUGGAUGAGUUACAAGGAUACCCGAACCUUUCCAUAGUUCCCGGGAGUGUCGCGGAUAUUAUCGUCUCGAAGGAAACUCUAGACGGCCAACCAUCCUCGAAAAUAACUGGAGUAAGACUUGAAUCUGGCGAGGUUAUUCCUACCAAUCAGGUCAUCAUAACAACAGGGACGUUUUUAGGUGGUGAAAUUCACAUUGGCCUAGAGUGUUUUCCGUCUGGGCGCAUGGGCGAAGCGGCGACAUUUGGACUCAGCAAGUCACUGAAAGAUGCUGGGUUUAAACUUGGGAGGCUGAAGACCGGAACGCCUCCAAGACUGUCAAGGAGGACCAUCGACUUCAGCACAUUAGAGCAGCAGCCCGGGGAUGACCCUCCGAUGCCGUUUAGCUACCUCAACGACGAGGUGACUGUCAAGGAGCAGAUGUUCUGUUACUCCACAUACACCAAUGAAAAGGCCCACGAUAUUAUCAGGGACAACCUUGACAAGUCUAUUCAUAUCCGGGAGUCUGUCAAGGGCCCUCGAUAUUGUCCAUCGCUAGAGUCGAAAAUAAUAAGGUUUUCGGACAAAACGAGCCAUAUAAUCUGGCUCGAGCCGGAAGGAUUUGACAGCGAUGUCAUCUAUCCCAAUGGGAUUUCUAUGACCGUUCCAGCCGAGGCCCAGGAACAAAUGCUUAAGACUAUACGCGGGUUGGAAAACGCUACAAUGUUGCAGCCUGGUUACGGAGUUGAAUAUGAUUAUGUCGACCCAAGGAACUUGAAGUCGACUCUAGAAACGAAGUCUAUAGGCGGGUUGUUUUUGGCUGGCCAGAUCAACGGAACUACAGGGUAUGAAGAAGCUGCUGCACAAGGAAUUGUCGCUGGGAUCAACGCUGGUUUAAUUUCCCAGGGCCGGGAGCCGAUGAUUUUGUCAAGAAGCGACGGCUACAUAGGCAUUAUGAUUGAUGACCUAAUAACGAAGGGCGUAUCGGAACCAUACCGGAUGUUCACAUCACGAAGUGAAUAUAGGAUGAGCGCUCGCGCGGACAACGCGGAUUUGAGGCUCACUCCUAAAGGGCGUGCGGCUGGAGUCGUGAGUGAUGCGCGGUGGUCCACCUUCCAGGAUAUAUCCAGCCAAAUGAACGAGCUGGAACAGAUUCUUCGCGCUGAUAUACGCUCUGGCCCAGCCUGGAUCGACGACGGAUUCGAAGUUACGAAAGAUACAACUAAAAGAAGCGCAUUUGACAUUUUGCGUCGUGCCGGGAUGAGCAUAGACAGGCUGUCGAACAAAAUACCAGAUGUGCUGAAGUACACCAAAGCGAUACAGGAUCGGGUUGGAAUCGAAGCGGUGUAUGCACCGUACAUUGCCCAACAGACAGCUUCAAUGAAGGUCUUUCAAAUAGAUGAACAACUGCAACUUCCAGUUGAUUUGGACUACGGCAAGGUCCAUGGCAUAUCCAUGCACGAGAGGUCUCUUUUAGAAGCCACGAGGCCUGAGUCUGUCGGCCAAGCUCGGAGGAUUGAGGGCAUGACUCCGACGGGUUGCUUGAGGCUCCUGGCCCACGUACAGAACACUCGCAAACGUGAAGCCAGGGCUAUUUUAUAUGAAGAGAAUACGGCUAAUAAAAGGAGGGUCGCCGGCUUGUAA